AUGGAGCCUACCAACGGAGAAGGGCCCGAUGGCUCGUCGAUUAAACCCGUAUCCUCUCUGCGGGCGCGGUUCGAGAACAUGACCUCGACAAACACCGUCAGCAAACCCGCCGAGGUCACAGCCCCCGCCCCGACUCCUUCACGGCCCAUCUCUCCGGCCCCCAAACCGAAUCGCCUCCGAGAUUUCAAGCCGGGCCAAGACGCUGCAGCGCCAGCGCCGGCCGUCCCUUCGACCCCCGUAGUCCCUGCCAGGCCGAAAGAGCGGCCCAAGCCUGCUGCACUGGCCAUCAGCCAUGAUGCCCCUCCCCCGCCGUCUCAGAUGUCCGCACGACCAGUCCCGGCCGCGAAACCACAUUCGAUACAGCUUCAGCAGACAGUAGCACCACCGCCGCCCCCUGCUGUUACGGUCCUCCCGCCUCAAUCACCGCCAAAGGGCCGGCUGUCGACUCUUGCAGUGGGGGACCAACCUCCGUUCCUCAACCCCGAUACUAUUGCAACACCUUCCACUCCAGGUGGUUCAUCUCGAGGCUUUAAAAUCCCAAGCCGAUCACAUACAUCCUCACCAUCUAUUAGCGGCCCCAAAUCACCACGCCCUGCGGGCUCAAGACCUCCCUCGCCACCUCCUCCAAGGCGCUCAGGCGAGCUAAGGCGGAGUGAUACUGUUAAGACUGCACCUCCUCCUCCGGCUCCUCGCAACGAAAAGGCCCUGAUACCUGCACCAAAGGUGACAGCGGCCCCAGGACUCCCGGGACCUCGAAAGGGCGACAUCUCUCAGGAAACCUCGCCGUUCAACAGUCCGCCGAGCAGCGUAGCAUCUGGCGAUGGAACCCCUCCAAAGCUGCCUACGCGACCAAGACCGCAGUCUCAGAUCGAGCUGCCCAGUAGGCCUCGGUCCGUUAUUGUUGGAUUUGAUCCUCCACCGGUUCAUCACUCUGUUGCCAACAUGCGGAAGGAUCGUGAGCAGGAAGUCAAUGGGUUCUCAAAAAGUAUCACUCCUCAACCAACAGGUGAGGUUCGUCCUGCACUACCAGCGAGGCCUGGGACCUUUGAAAUUCCACCACGACCUCCUACUCUUAACAACAAUACCAUGAAACCCCCACCGCGACCUCCACGCCCAGCUGUAUCUACAGCAAUUCAACCAUUGGAAAAUAUCCCUUCUACACCUCCAAAGCGCGUCGUCUCGACCCCGACAACGCAGCAACAGCCUCAGCAACAGCUAGCUCCCCCCACACGAGGCCAUGGUAGAUCUAUGACGAUCGACAGAACCUCCGACCGAGCGCCCGCAGAGUUUCGAAUUGCUCCGGUGACUGCGGCGGUGCCCCCGAUCGCAGCUGUUGCGCCUCCAAAGCCAAUUCAGUCAGCCGUUGUCGCCCCUGCCAAGAUUGCGCCAAAAGCCGACCCCAUCCACCAUGUCACAGCAUAUCCCGAUGCGUCCAACACCAAUCGCCGGCCACCAUUCAUCAAGCAUGGAUCUUACGAGAUUCAGACCAAGUACGACGCGAGGAACUUUGAUGUGUGUGGUGAAUUUAUCUGCGCAAGUGGGCACAUGACAAGAGUAUGGAGCCUCUUGGAUGGCGAGCUGAUCAUGAGCCUGUCCCAUACGGAGGGUAUCAGAGCUACUGCAGUGGCCUUCAAGCCAGCUGCUGACCCUCGAGAGGAGGGUAAGCGCAUCUGGAUUGGUACUAACACGGGUGACCUCAUGGAGGUUGAGGUUGCCACACAUGCUAUUACACCGGGAAAGCCAAAUGUUCAUGGCCGAUGCGAAGUCAUUCGAAUUUACCGGCGUUUCAACGAGAUCUGGACCCUGGAUGAGUUUGGCACGCUGCUCGUAUGGGGGCCUGACGAGACUGCCGUUGCCAACCUCACAGGAAGCCCAACGCAGAGCUACAAGGUUCCCAAGGGACACACCUACUCCAUGGUCGUUGGGGAUGAGCUCUGGCAUGCUACGGGCAAAGAGAUCCGUAUUUUUGCGCCGACGGUCGAUGGCCGAUCUCAGUUCCAGGUCCUCGUCCGGCCACUGGUAGCAGACAGCGCUGGUGAAGUGACCUCGGGAACCCUUGUGAAGUCACAGCCAGACAAGGUCUUCUUCGGCCAUGUCGAUGGCAAAGUGACGAUAUACUCGACUACCGAUUACACAUGCCUGGGAAUGCUGAAUGUCAGCACCUGGAAGAUUAAUGCGUUAGCGAACGCGGGUAGUUACAUAUGGGCAGCCUACAACACAGGCAAGAUCUGUGUUUAUGAUGUUGAGGAGGCGCCCUGGGUGGUUCUGAAGGAAUGGCAGGGACACGACAACCCAAUUGUGAAGAUGAUUGCUGACCCUUCGAGCUCAUACUUUUUGGACCGCCAGCAGAUCGUCUCCCUAGGCGCCGAUAACAAGAUCAGGGCGUGGGACGGUCUGCUCGAGGACGACUUCCUUGAGGAUUCGAUGAAGUCCAAGGACACCCAGUAUUGCGACUUUGACGAGAUCAAGGCUCUCUUCCUGACUUGGAAUGCCGGCGCUUCUACACCAUCCAGUCUCCGAUAUUCCGAUGGCGAUGCAACCUUCUUCCAGGACCUCGUUCAAUCCAGUGGCUCGCCAGAAAUCCUUGUGUUUGGUUUCCAGGAGCUGGUGGACUUGGAGGACAAGAAGUUGACUGCCAAACGAUUCCUCAAGCCCAAGAAGAAGGAAGCUGGGACAGACCAAGAACGGAUGAGCCAUCAGUACCGAGACUGGAGGGAUUUCCUGCUCAAGACUCUUGAUGACUAUAUGCCGGCGGACGAUCUGUACCAUUUGCUUCAUACUGCUCCCAUGGUUGGAUUGUUUACCUGCAUCUUUGUCAAGUCUUCCAUUCGAGACAGGAUUCGAGGUCUCCAUGCUGCCGAGGUGAAGCGGGGAAUGGGUGGCUUGCACGGUAACAAGGGCUGUGUAACGGUACGAUUCCGAGUCGACGACACAUCGAUCUGCCUUGUCAACUGCCAUUUGGCCGCUGGACAAUCACAAGCCAACGCUCGCCACAACGAUAUUGCAGCCAUUCUCGAGGCGAGCUUGUUCCCGAGUGAACGAGACUCGGCAACACGAGUUGACAACUUUGUCGGUGGAGGAGACGGUAGUCUCAUUUUGGAUCACGAGCUGUGCAUUCUUAACGGUGAUCUCAACUACCGUAUCGAUACCAUGUCUCGGGACACGGUUGUAACGGCAGUGAAGCAGAAUAACUUGGGCAAGCUCCUUGAACGCGAUCAGCUCUUGGUGGCUCGUCGCCGCAACCCAGCUUUCAAGCUCCGAGCUUUUGACGAGAUGCCCAUCACAUUUGCGCCAACAUACAAGUACGAUGUGGGCACAGACAACUACGAUACAAGCGAAAAGAGACGAAGUCCCGCCUGGUGCGAUCGGCUUCUAUACCGGGGACGAGGACGAGUGGAGCAACUUGAUUACCGACGACAUGAAGUCAGAGUGAGCGAUCACCGUCCUGUGACGGGAAGCUUCAACCUCUGGGUUAAAAAGGUGGACGCGAGACGCCGAGCGAAGGCGUGGAUGGAAAGCCAGCAAGGAUUUGAGGACAUGCGGCAGAAAGAAACGUCCCAAGACAAGCUUCUCUAUCUAAGGGACACAUGCGGCUUCGACGAAGAAACGAGCAAGAGGCUAGUUAAGGAAAAGUCUGCGAGACGAGACAACCGCAGCCCAAGCCGAAACUAA